AUGGCAUUCUCUUGGAAUCGUUGUAUUAUAUGUCAGAAAACAACAAAAGAAGAGCUAAGGUGUCCAUUAAGAGCUAGUGGAGAUAGAGCAGAUCCUAAGCUUGUUUAUGGAUCAUUUAUCCAGAAUGUUUCUGAGUUUAUCGCAUUAAAUACCCUUCCAGUCCCUCUUUCCCUUCCUCUGGACAUAGAUGCCGAUAAUUUGUUCGAGAAAGAAGCUUCAUGGCACAAGUCGUGUCAUUUACUAUUCAGUACGUCUAAGCUUAACAAAGCAAAAGAAAGACUAUCACGUAAACCAAAAGAAGAACAAUCCCUGCCAGAUGAUGAUGACGCCCCAGCUUGCAAAACACGAAGGCUGUCUUCUUACAGUAAAGACGACUGUAUAUUGUGUGGUCAGGGUGGCCAUCUGCAUGAAGUUUCUACAUUCGCCACUGAUGAGAAGCUCCGCCGAAUGAUAACAGAGCUCCAGGACAGUACGCUUCUGCCUAGAAUUUGUGGAGUUGAUCUCGUGGCAGCUGAUGCAAAAUACCACCUCAAAUGUAUGACAGACCUGCGAAAUCGUUACAGGCACCACACAUCUAGAAAACGGCAAGAAUCGUGUGAAAUGGACGAAGAGAGAAUAAAGGAGUCUCAGGCCUUUAUUGAGUUGAUUGAAUACAUACAGACUUCCGUUGAAAAUGACAAGUUGAUGUUUUUCCUUUCUGAGCUUCAUUCUUUAUAUGUAAGGCGGCUUGAAACCUUAGGCGUUCAAAAAAAUGUAAACAAAACUAGACUUAAAACUUCGUUACUGGAAAACUUCCCAGAAGCUCAAGAGCAAAAUGAUGGCAGAAAUGUUGUCAUAAUAUUCCCGAAAGCUAUCCAGAGCAUGGUCAAAGAGGCAAUGCAGCAAAGAGACUUCUCAGAGGAUGCUGUGAUUUUAGCUAAAGCUUCAGCAAUUGUGCGCAAAGACAUUUUUAGUCACAAAGGCUUUCAAUUUUCUGGAAAUUUUACGGAAGACUGCCAAGAAUGUUCAGUCCCUGCUAGUCUAAAGUCUUUGGUGUCGAUGAUAUUAACUGGCAUAAACAUUGAGAAUACUGAAGUGCAAGAAUCACAGGCAUGUUUAACAGUGUGCCAGACAAUCUUUUUCAAUGCCAAAGAGCGACCAACCACAAAGUCAAAAACUGGACAGACACGGCAUACUAAAUCACGGGAACCACCUCUUCCUUUGUACAUUGGGUUCAAUGUGUAUGCAUUGACGAGGAGCAAGACACUAAUAGCAAAGCUGUAUCAGAUGGGGAUCUCAGUGUCUUACCAAAGGAUCAUAGAAUUGGAGGACAUGCUUGCUAUCUCUAUUAGUGAGCGCUUUGAAAUGGAUGGCUGUGUGGUACCUGCUUGCCUCAGAAAGGGAAUUUUUACUAUAGGAGCUCUUGACAACAUAGAUCACAAUCCAUCUUCUACGACGGCAGCUUCUUCGUUCCAUGGCACCGGUAUUAGCGUGUUUCAGUUACCAACAACCAAUAAUCCUGGCGAGGAAAGACUGCCAGUAACUCUACCACCUCAAGGGACAGGACACGUGCUUCCAAAGGAAUACGCUACGGUUCACCCAGUAGAGCUAGAUCCUAGUAAAGCAGUUGUCCCAGUGUGUGUAAUGACGGAAUCAGUAAGUUGUAUGGCUACAGAGAAACAAACGGAAGUAACUUGGGUGGAGCAUUCUCUACGAAAAUUGGAGGAAGUAUCCAUUUCUUCUAGUGAUACAGUGACUUGGGCUGCAUAUCACGCCUCAACCCAGACUGAAGAGCACCCACCUGCCUUGACCGCGCUACUUCCCCUGUUCUAUGAGAAGGCAGCUACCCCAGCGAUGGUGAAGCAUGGUAUGGAUGUCUUGCGGCAAGCUAUAACCUUUCUCAACCCAAAUCAGGUUCCUGUCAUCACCGUUGACCAGCCCCUUUUUGCUUUGGCGAAGUUGGUUCAGUGGAAGUGGCCUGUCUCCCAUGGAGAGCAAGCGUAUGUCGUCAUGCUAGGUGGUCUGCACAUUGAAAUGGCACUAUGGAGUACGGUUGGUGAUUUGCUGGAUAAAUCAGGCUGGACUACCGCUCUUAGUGAAGCUGAAGUCGCCUCAUUUGGUGUGGCGGAUUCCUUCCUUAAAGCAACGCAUUUAACAAGAACAAGGUAGGGCGAAGUGAGAACAAUAAUAGUGACUGUGAACACUCACCAGGUGGUCAUAAGAAUGAGUGAUAUCAGUAAAGCUUAAUCAUUAAGCUAUUAUUUAAUUUUUCUGCGAGUGAAAAGUUUAGUGGAGUCUGGUGUUUUGUACCAAACGAAACUUGUUUUUAAUUGUGCCUAAAAUUAGGGAGCUGCUGAGAAAAACCCCCUUGUUUUAGUCACAAUUACAGCUAUUUGGGAACGGCAAUAUGAUUUUUUUUUUCAGGCAUGCCCAUCAAGUUACCGCUCUGGCUCUGAACAAACUAAAGAGAGAGGCAUUUUCCCAGUGCUUAGAUGAGACAUCAAUGUCUACAUGGGAGGAAGUGAGGAAGAGGAGAAGCCCGACGUUUCUUUUCUGGGACUCCAUCAUAGAGUACGAGACACUUGUGUUACUAGUUGUACGUGCACAGCGUCAACAUAACUUCAAUUUGUAUGUCGAGGCCCUGGAAGAUCUUGUACCUUUAUUCUUUGCUCUUGAUCACGUAAACUAUGCACGUUGGACACCUAUCCAUAUACGUGAUAUGAAGUCUCUUCCACUGAGCAUUGCACGGGAGUUCCAGAGGCAAGGCCACUGGGUUUUGUCUAAGACAGGGAACAGAUUUUCCGCUAUCCCCUUUGAUCAGGCCCAUGAGCAGGAGAACAAGGUGAUCAAGAGUGCAGGUGGUGCAGUUGGUCUUACAGAGAACCCUGUAGCCUUUAGGUGAGUAUAGAAAUCUAAUAAUGAAAAUCAUACACCUCAUACUGUAUUACCAAAAAUUUUUAAAAAAGGUCUUUACAUAAAAAAGCAUCGAAGAGUUAUAUUUACGGAUUGCAGUAUAAACACAGCUGGAAAAAAUGUAUGGAAACACACCACGGUAAAAUGAGAGACCAUUUAUAAAUAAGACUGGUAAUACUGAAUUAAGUUUUAUUUUGUUCCUUUUCCAGACGAUGGAUGCUUUCAGGCCCUGAGACAACAAGAAUUUUGCAUCAAUUUGAGGAGCAAUAUCUAUUAAACAGUGAGGAGUCUACUGACCGUACAAAUCAUGAAAUGGGACUAAGUGCACAAAAGACUUUUAAGCAACAAGUGAACAAUUUGGCAGAUGUGAUAAAGAGAAUGGGGAAUCCUUUCCUUGAUGACUUCCCAGAGCUUGUCACCAUGGACAGCAGAGAUUGCAUGGAUGACGCUGUUGCCGAGUCAGUGAUUAACCUUAGGCAGCUCGGUAAAACACAGUACCAGGAGUAUGUGAAGGCAGUCAUCAAGGAUAGGACAAUCUCAAUUAGCAGUUCUAUCAAGAAAAACAAACUUCCCCUUUUCAGCAAACAACCUUCGCGUACCAAAUCGAAGCAGUCGAAGACAAUCAAAGCACUACAGAACAACGUCUCCCUAUUUGCUCAACUGUACAUUGCUAUGCAGAACCGCGAUGCAGACCUUGGAGAAUUCUUUUGCCACGAGGUACAGUCAUUUCCUCCAUCAUUGUCUGAAUUUGGAAAUCUUCGUCUCCCAAGUAACAAGUCCGAGCUAGUUAAGUGCAUCGUGCAGCCUCGACAGCCCGAGCCUCCAACAGAGUUCGACUGCAAGAUAUGUGACGGUGCUGUAAUUGUUCAUUGUCUUCCUGUGACAGGGGUGAUCACCUUCGAUGACUAUGCAGAGAACGUCUUUAUUCCUCACAUCUGCAAUCAGAGUAGCAGAAGAGUAGAUGUCGUUUGGGACACCUAUGUAUGUGGUAGCCUAAAAGAUUCGACACGUGAAAAGAGGGGAAAGGGCAUUCGCCGUAAGGUUUCUGGUGCCACCAAGGUCCCUCCAAACUGGAUGCAGUUCCUGCGUGACUCAGUAAACAAAGAAGAAUUGUUUGCGUUUCUGACGAAUAAGGUUGCUGAAUACAACUGGCCGGAAAACAAGACGGUCUACAUUACUUCAGGUUUUCAGAAUUUUGAUAUUCUUAUCAUUUCAUUUUUAUAUAGGAUUAAAAUCAUCUUUAUUUGAAAUGAUUUACAGUCAUUUUGAUUUUGUCCUUUAGGGGCUUCUGUGAUGUCCAUUGGCUCAGACAGAUCCAUGCCUGAAUGCAACCAUGAGGAGGCAGACACAAGGAUCGUCGUCCAUAUCCUAUAUGCUAUUCAAGAUAACGAGGCGAAAUCAGUACUUGUCAGAACCGUUGAUACGGAUGUCCUUGUUAUUUUGAUAGGAACGUUUCAGCAUCUCAGAGCAAUCCAGCCUGACCUGGACCUGUGGGUGGGGUUUGGAACAGGACGCAAUUUCUCAUUCAUAAGCAUCAACACUAUCUGUGCUGGACUAGGGGACGCCCGCUCACGAUCUUUACCUGUCUUCCACGCGUUGACUGGCAGUGACACCACCUCCACGUUCUAUGGAAAGGGCAAGAGGUCCGCCUGGCAGGCAUGGGAAAUGUAUCCUGCCAUAACGCAGACCUUCGAGUUCCUUGCCAAUAACUCAUUCCACAAGCUAACGGUUGAUUCUGACCAUUUCCAGCGCAUUGAAAGGUUUAUAGUCAUCCUGUUUGACAAGUUGAGCCCUUUAAAUUCCAUAAACAAGACAAGAAUGGAACUCUUCUGUAAGAACAACAGAGACAUGGACAGGCUUCCACCAACGCAGGUUUACAUGACAAUUUCUUUGUAGAGUUUCCGUUUUGGUUUUCACCUUUGAAUUUUUAUCAUUUUUAAAACAAAACAUUUUAUUCUAUUAUUCUCGAAAGGAUGCCCUUCUACAACAUGUCAACCGCUCAAUCUACCAAGCUGGAAUCUGGACAACCAGUGUUGACUCACAGCAGAUAGUACCAUCCCCUGAAGAGUUCUCCUGGAAAAAAGAGGACUAAACGGAAGUAACUUGGGUGGAGCAUUCUCUACGAAAAUUGGAGGAAGUAUCCAUUUCUUCUAGUGAUACAGUGACUUGGGCUGCAUAUCACGCCUCAACCCAGACUGAAGAGCACCCACCUGCCUUGACCGCGCUACUUCCCCUGUUCUAUGAGAAGGCAGCUACCCCAGCGAUGGUGAAGCAUGGUAUGGAUGUCUUGCGGCAAGCUAUAACCUUUCUCAACCCAAAUCAGGUUCCUGUCAUCACCGUUGACCAGCCCCUUUUUGCUUUGGCGAAGUUGGUUCAGUGGAAGUGGCCUGUCUCCCAUGGAGAGCAAGCGUAUGUCGUCAUGCUAGGUGGUCUGCACAUUGAAAUGGCACUAUGGAGUACGGUUGGUGAUUUGCUGGAUAAAUCAGGCUGGACUACCGCUCUUAGUGAAGCUGAAGUCGCCUCAUUUGGUGUGGCGGAUUCCUUCCUUAAAGCAACGCAUUUAACAAGAACAAGGUAGGGCGAAGUGAGAACAAUAAUAGUGACUGUGAACACUCACCAGGUGGUCAUAAGAAUGAGUGAUAUCAGUAAAGCUUAAUCAUUAAGCUAUUAUUUAAUUUUUCUGCGAGUGAAAAGUUUAGUGGAGUCUGGUGUUUUGUACCAAACGAAACUUGUUUUUAAUUGUGCCUAAAAUUAGGGAGCUGCUGAGAAAAACCCCCUUGUUUUAGUCACAAUUACAGCUAUUUGGGAACGGCAAUAUGAUUUUUUUUUUCAGGCAUGCCCAUCAAGUUACCGCUCUGGCUCUGAACAAACUAAAGAGAGAGGCAUUUUCCCAGUGCUUAGAUGAGACAUCAAUGUCUACAUGGGAGGAAGUGAGGAAGAGGAGAAGCCCGACGUUUCUUUUCUGGGACUCCAUCAUAGAGUACGAGACACUUGUGUUACUAGUUGUACGUGCACAGCGUCAACAUAACUUCAAUUUGUAUGUCGAGGCCCUGGAAGAUCUUGUACCUUUAUUCUUUGCUCUUGAUCACGUAAACUAUGCACGUUGGACACCUAUCCAUAUACGUGAUAUGAAGUCUCUUCCACUGAGCAUUGCACGGGAGUUCCAGAGGCAAGGCCACUGGGUUUUGUCUAAGACAGGGAACAGAUUUUCCGCUAUCCCCUUUGAUCAGGCCCAUGAGCAGGAGAACAAGGUGAUCAAGAGUGCAGGUGGUGCAGUUGGUCUUACAGAGAACCCUGUAGCCUUUAGGUGAGUAUAGAAAUCUAAUAAUGAAAAUCAUACACCUCAUACUGUAUUACCAAAAAUUUUUAAAAAAGGUCUUUACAUAAAAAAGCAUCGAAGAGUUAUAUUUACGGAUUGCAGUAUAAACACAGCUGGAAAAAAUGUAUGGAAACACACCACGGUAAAAUGAGAGACCAUUUAUAAAUAAGACUGGUAAUACUGAAUUAAGUUUUAUUUUGUUCCUUUUCCAGACGAUGGAUGCUUUCAGGCCCUGAGACAACAAGAAUUUUGCAUCAAUUUGAGGAGCAAUAUCUAUUAAACAGUGAGGAGUCUACUGACCGUACAAAUCAUGAAAUGGGACUAAGUGCACAAAAGACUUUUAAGCAACAAGUGAACAAUUUGGCAGAUGUGAUAAAGAGAAUGGGGAAUCCUUUCCUUGAUGACUUCCCAGAGCUUGUCACCAUGGACAGCAGAGAUUGCAUGGAUGACGCUGUUGCCGAGUCAGUGAUUAACCUUAGGCAGCUCGGUAAAACACAGUACCAGGAGUAUGUGAAGGCAGUCAUCAAGGAUAGGACAAUCUCAAUUAGCAGUUCUAUCAAGAAAAACAAACUUCCCCUUUUCAGCAAACAACCUUCGCGUACCAAAUCGAAGCAGUCGAAGACAAUCAAAGCACUACAGAACAACGUCUCCCUAUUUGCUCAACUGUACAUUGCUAUGCAGAACCGCGAUGCAGACCUUGGAGAAUUCUUUUGCCACGAGGUACAGUCAUUUCCUCCAUCAUUGUCUGAAUUUGGAAAUCUUCGUCUCCCAAGUAACAAGUCCGAGCUAGUUAAGUGCAUCGUGCAGCCUCGACAGCCCGAGCCUCCAACAGAGUUCGACUGCAAGAUAUGUGACGGUGCUGUAAUUGUUCAUUGUCUUCCUGUGACAGGGGUGAUCACCUUCGAUGACUAUGCAGAGAACGUCUUUAUUCCUCACAUCUGCAAUCAGAGUAGCAGAAGAGUAGAUGUCGUUUGGGACACCUAUGUAUGUGGUAGCCUAAAAGAUUCGACACGUGAAAAGAGGGGAAAGGGCAUUCGCCGUAAGGUUUCUGGUGCCACCAAGGUCCCUCCAAACUGGAUGCAGUUCCUGCGUGACUCAGUAAACAAAGAAGAAUUGUUUGCGUUUCUGACGAAUAAGGUUGCUGAAUACAACUGGCCGGAAAACAAGACGGUCUACAUUACUUCAGGU